UUUUACUUUGUCUAGAUUUCUUAUAAAACUCACCAAAAAGUAUUAUUAAAUAGCCCAACGCCUCAUUUGCACAUUAAAACACAAAAAUUCAGAAACUAUGUAAUAAGAAUUGUCUUAAUGUAAGUUAUGAACUAGCCAAGAUUCUUGGCACUGUCUAUUAGUUUUACCCCAUUUACCUGUAGUGCAUCCCCUUAAACAGUGUUUAAGCAGCUUCUCUUUGCUGCUUAUAGCCGGCAUGAAUGGAGACAAUGUGACGUCUUGACUGUGACUCUGUUCGGGGUGGGGGAGCAUAGCAACCUCAGCCUCCUCUCCUGCACGGAUCUGUCAGAGGCGGGGGGCACCAUGAUGGCCUAUUAUGAUGCACAAAUCUAACUGCCUUGCAGUGUAUAAAUUGCAUUUGUGUUAUCUGAUGAAUACAUCUGGCUUGAUCCUUUAGACAAUGAAGGCUAAUUAGUUUAUGCUGCAGCAUUCAUGGCUGUCUUUGAUAGGUCUGCCAGAUGUAUCAAGGACUGGUAGCAGGCCAAAGUGAGACAGCCUUAUUCAGCUGAAAGCCUCUCUCUGCAGUCUCCCAGCUGCUGCUGCUGCUCCAGAGCCAAAGUGGAGAGUCCCCUCGCCCCCCCGCACAGACAGAGACAAAAGGCCCGAUUCGCCUGCUGAACACUGCCCCCUUUCUCUGUCCGUCCCUUUAAUGCACGGCCGUAGUGGUGGCGGGGGCUUUAGGAAAAAACAAGGCCCGGACUGGGACUAAUAUCUAGGACUGACCCAGUGAAGGAGAGUGGAAGAGGGGGAGGGGAGGAGGAAGAUGGGGGCUGGAAUGGUUGGGGCUGAGUAAAGGCAGGUGCUGAGGCCUCUACAGGAAGACUUUUUUUCCUGAAUAUCUCUCAGAGUGGAAAAUAAUUUGACAAGGGUAUGCCACAUUUACCUUUAUAUAUGCAUGAACGUGCAUGUUUAUGUGUGUCUCUGUGGUGGCAUAUGUGGGCAGAGUUGGCAUGUGUUUGAUGGCAAUCAUGGUGCAUGUAAAGCUUGUGUGUGCCCAUGUCAGAUUGUCUGCCCUGGGGUUUUAUACAUGACUUAUCUGUAUAUCACAGUGAUGGGUGCAAUGCUGCUGCGGGCCGCAUGAAAGUUUUUAGUUUUCGGAGAGACUACCAGUGUAUCUGGGAUAAGAGCCCUGGGGGAGAAAUAGGCCAAGGUACCAGACUGAGUUUCUACUGCCAUAAUGGUUACCUUAACAUGCUUCUUCCUUUUAAUGUGUUAAGUUGAAUCUCAGUUUCUUUUAUCAGCCACCAUCUUUACAUUUUUACGUUUUAAAUUGAACCUCUUACAACCUAUUUUGUUGUUCACAUUGUAUGAUUUCUAUCAUUUUCUUUACUGUUGUCCUGUUUUUAUAUGUCAUGGUAACUGUGCUAACCCAAUCACCAUCUUUUUUGUGCAUUUUCUGGACUUUCUACAGCAGUGCAACCAACCAGAGCAGUUAAUCUCCUUAAACAUGUUGCCACCUUUCUAUCAAAUGUGUUCCUGUUUGACUAAAUGUAUGACAAUAAACAUGGUGAAAAAUGUUGCAGUGUUUCCAGGUAGGUGGGCACACUGCUUGUGCCCGUGUGUUUCUGAGGCUGUAUUGCAUCGCAGGGCUUUGUUGGGUGACCGGAACCAGAUAAAACUGGUUUGAGGCAGACAGAGAGCUGACAGGAACAAUGCCGCCCCUUGGCUCCAGGGGGAUAGACAUCUUAGCCACCGGCUACCAUGGAACAGGCAGAGACCAUGCUCCUGCUGUUGCUUGCUGCCGGCUAGAUGUCGGUGUGCUACGCAACGCGGCUCAUAGUGAGGGAGGCAGGGAGAUGUGGGAAGGGACGAGGGCAGGGGGACGUGGCUGGUUGGGAGUUCUGUGAAUCUACCGUCUGGAGCCUCCCAUACAUACACACAGACACACAUACACACACAUGCAAGAGCUUGAUCUAUCUGUCUGUUGUAUGUCUGUGGGCUGCUAGUGGUGCAGAGAAUGACUAAAGAGGAUCCUUACCCAGGACCACCACCACUCACCAGAUCCCUGGAUGUAACCUGACCCUGUAUUCUGGGCCUUUGCAUGGUCGGGAAGAAGCAGGACUUUUUUUUUCCUCUUCCAGGCAGGGUGGGGUGGGUGGCUUUUUGUGGGUUAGUAUUGUUGUGACUGUUUAUUGCAGGAUGGAAGGAAGAAGGGAAAGGUUUGGCUAGUGGCUGGAAAGAGACGGAGGCAAGAGGGUGAUCCCUCAUCAGAAUAGGAGGACCAUGGGAGAUAUGAAAACACCAGACUUUGAUGACCUGCUGGCGGCCUUUGACAUCCCCGACAUAGUGGAUCCUAAAGCCGCUAUUGAAUCUGGCCCCAACAAUGACCAUGAUGGACAGGUCAAGCAACCUAGUAGUCUGGUGAAUACCAAUGAAGACGAGUCCCACAACCCCUCAACAGGACAAGACAUUGGCGUUAGUGUCAUUGUCAAGAACAUCCAAAACACAGACACUAGUGAGCAUGGUGAAAUCAUAUCAGCGGAGGAUGGUCAAUUCCACCUCCGAUCCCAUUCUGGUGGCACAGGAAAUGGUCUUCAUAAUGGUUUCUUGAAGAAUGGAUGGAUUGCUCCCAGGGAGAAAAAACAGCCAGUCAACAACCAAUCAUCUACCUUCAAUCAGUUCAGCCCAAUUUCCAGUGCUGAAGAGUUCGAUGAUGAUGACAAAAUCGAGGUAGAUGACCCCACAGACAAGCAGGGAGGUCAGUCAUUCUUUAGAUCCACUACUAGGACAGAGGACCAGAAUUCCAAAGACCAAAACCCUGAUCAAAACACGAAAACAGAUGGCACUUUGGGAGGUUCAAAGUCUAACGAGCCCCCUCAAUUAAGUUUACAUGAUGUGGAACAUCUAAAGGAAACUGUACCCAAGUCUCAAAGUCUGGAGUGCAAUGAGUCUGAAGAGCCAAUGGGGCUUGUAAAUGUGUCCAGUGUGUCUCAAAUCAAAGCCAAGUCCUCUGCAAAACUUUCAUCUUGUCUAGCAGCCAUUGCAGCCCUGAGUGCCAAAAAGGCUUGUGCUACAGACUUGGGUAUUUUGGAUUCUCCUACAACACAAAAAGAAGCUACCCUGAUUAAUACCAAUCCAAGAGCUCCAGAGAAGCUACAAGAGCAGGAGUCAGCCCUAGAAUUUGCGAAAAGGCUGCUAACAAAACAACCAGACAGCCCCUCUAGUGUCAUGAGUGAGGGAAGUAGCAAAGAUUCUCCUGCCUCAAACACAGACGCCCCGGUCAUCCCAAAAGUCAGGAUCAAAACAAUCAAGACGUCUUCUGGCCAGAUCAAGCGUACUGUCACCCGAGUUGUACCAGAGUUUGAUCCUGAAGGUCUGAAAAAAGAUGAGAAUAGCCUUCUUGUCAUUGCAACCACCAGUGCAAUUUCCUCAUCUCAUACCACAGUACUAGCCACCACUGGAGGCCCUUCAAUUGAAAUAGCCAAGCAAAUGACUAUUAAACCAGUGGCAACAGCUUUCCUGCCCGUCUCAGCAGUCAAGACAGCCGGUUCCAAGGUCAUCAACCUGAAGCUAGCAAACAACACCACAGUCAAAGCAACUGUCAUCCCCGCUGCAUCAGUGCAGAGUGCCAGCAGUGCCAUCUUGAAAGCUGCUAAUGCCAUCCAGCAACAGACUGUUAUGGUACCUGCCUCCAGUCUGGCUAAUCCCAAACUUGUGCCAAAGACUGUUCAUUUUAGUAAGAUCAAUCUUCAGCCUCAGACUGUAUCUUCUGCUGUAUGUGAUCUCAAACAAGCCGUGUCCUCCUCAAGACAUCAACAGCAAGUAAAACAGCAGACAAUUCUUUCUGGCCGGACUUCAAAGAAAGUCUCUAGGAUUCAAGUGUUCACCAGCUCACAAAGCUCUGUAGUGGAUGCUUUCAAUAAAGUCCUGAGUAGCAUAAAUCCUGUUCCUGUGUAUGUCCCAAACCUCUCUCCGCCAACCUCAGCUUGUAUCUCGCUACCCUCACGUGGCUACAAGUGCCUGGAGUGUGGAGAUUCAUUUGCUCUUGAGAGAAGCUUGACACAUCACUACGAUCGUCGUAGUGUGCGGAUUGAAGUCACCUGUAACCACUGUGCCAAAAGUCUAGUGUUUUAUAACAAAUGCAGCCUCUUGUCUCAUGCCAGGGGCCACAAGGACAAAGGGGCUGCCAUGCAGUGCUCACAUCUAAUCCUAAAACCCAUCCCUGCAGAUCAGAUGAUAACCACAUCACCCUCAUCAGGCCCACCCAAUAUUACUGGCACAACUACCACCCCCCAAGCACAAACAUCCACAAGUCAAAUAUCAGGGAGAGUUGCUGGUGCAGGGUCGCAAAGUACAGUGGUUUCAGCUCCAUGCAGUGCUUCUCUUGUGGCAGCCAUGCCCUUAGAGUAUGAUGCAUCGAAGCUCUGCAGGCACAGUCUAAAGUGCUUGGAGUGUAACAAAAUGUUUCAGGAUGACAGCUCGCUUGCUAUGCACUACCAACAGGCACCGGAGUCCAGUGGGCAGAAAACAUGUUCCAUCUGCCAAAUGCUUCUCCCAAAUCAGUGCAGCUUUCUGUCACACCAGCGAAUCCACCAGCACAAGUCUCCGUACAUCUGCCCUGAGUGUGGUGCCAGCUGCCGAUCUGUCCACUUCCAAUCACAUGUCACCAAGAACUGCCUGCAUUACACCCGUAGAGUCGGCUACCGCUGUAUCCACUGUAGUGUGAUAUUCGCUGAUGUAGCAACUCUAAAAUCCCACAUCCAGAGUUCUCACUGUGAGAUCUUCUAUAAAUGUCCUCUCUGCCCCAUGGCCUUCAAGUCUGCGCCUGCAACCCAAUCCCAUGAGAACACACAGCAUCCAGGAAUAAAAGCAGGAGAGCCCAAGGUGAUCUAUAAGUGUUCCAUGUGUGAUACCGUGUUCACUUUGCAGUCCCUGCUCUACACGCACUUUGACCAGCACAUCGUAAAUCAUAAAGUUUCAGUUUUCAAAUGCCCUGACUGCUCCAUGCACUACGCACAGAAACAGCUCAUGUUGGACCAUAUCAAGGCCAUCCAUGGGACCCUAAAGACCAUUGAGGGUCCACCAAACCUGGGCAUACACCUCCCCCUCAGCACCAAGCCCACUAACUCUAAUAGUGCCAACAGCAACAGCCCUAGUAAUCAUAAUAAAAAAGAUGGAGAAAAUAUCAGUUGUCAAGACAAGAAAGAAAAGAGGCGUUCACCUUCACCUAUGAAGACUAUGAAAACAAACAGUAAUUGCUCAGCGGAUCUCAAGAACCCUCCCGGCUCAGGAUAUACAUGUAAGGACUGCAGUGGCCUCUUUAGUUCCAGGGAGGACUUUGUGGCUCACAUGAGGCGUGAACAUGGCAAGAUACUGAAGAAACACCCAUGUCGGCAGUGUGACAAGUCGUUCAGCUCCUCCCACAGUCUUUGCCGACACAACCGUCUCAAACACAAGGGACUGCGGAAGGUCUAUGCCUGCCCGCACUGUCCAGCUCUCAGUCAACCGUUCACUAAAAGAGUGCUGCUGGAUCAGCACAUUCAUCUAGUGCAUAAAGUCAAAGACCCAGAGGGGAAGGCGGUCAACUCCGAUAAUAUCGAGGCUUUACCUGACAAAGAAACGACCCUUAGCCCCAAAAGGAAGCCAGAAGAGGAUGAGGGGUCUCCAGGAUUGAACUGCAGGGGCUCUGACACACAGCCGUUGAAGAGGCUCAAGGUGAACAUCCUUAAAGUUCACAAGUGUGCCGUCUGCGGCUUCACCACUGAGGACAUUGGAGCUUUCCAUGAGCACAUUCCCCAGCACAAGUCCGAUGGCUCGUCCUACCAGUGUCAGGAGUGCGGCCUGUGCUACACCUCCCACCGCUCGCUGGCCCGACACCUUUUUAUCGUCCAUCGGAUGAAGGAGCCACAGGGUCUCGCCCGAUACAGCGCACGGGGCAAGGACGAUGAUGAGAGUCAGAGAGAGAACCAGCUGGAUGACGGGACACCAAAUACCAAAUGCAAAGUGUGUGGCAAGAUGUUUGAAACGGAGGGAAACCUAAAAACCCACAUGAGGACACAUGGGAUGGCGUUCAUAAAGUCUAAGAGACUGAGCGCUGCUGAGAAGUGACACUUUUAAACCAUUCCAUCUAAAGCACUGUAGUUUAAAACUUAGACCUUCAGUAUAUUACAGUAGGCUGUAUAUACACAAUGUACAAGUAAGGUACUACAGUAUGUAAUCAAUAUACAGACAGACAGAUAAAAGUCAUAGUCACUUUGUGUUUUUAAGUAAAUUUAACCAGAUAGUUUUUGUACACACAUAGAUGUUUCUAUAGGUUUUGAAUAUAUCUUUUUUUAAAUAGAAAGAGCUUUUUAAUUUUAAAUCGUUCCUGAUAUCGUUCCAUUGUUCUCACCAGGGCUAGAAAAUGUAUGGAUAUAUUGUUGUAAUGGGAUUAAUCCUCAUAUAGUCAGCAGUAUUCUGAAUUUUCAAUGCCGCUAAUGUCAAAUGAAUGUCUGAAAGAAAAAUAUACAUAUAUAAAACUUUUGGGACCCUCAGGUUUCCCAAGUACAGUACAUGUUACCCUAAGGUUACGCUAAGGUCUUAUUUAAUUUCAUGGAUAACUUGCCUAAUAGUUCUCUCUGAGCUUUCCUUGGCUUCUACAAUGGUCUGGUCUCCUCCUAACACAUCCUGAAACUAUGGAUCCUUAAACAAAUUCUCU